UAGUGUGUUUUUCAGCCAAAAUCAGCUAAAUACUAUAUAAACACAACGUUUAUCGACUAUUUUAACCUGAUUUCGCGGUUUUCGUACGGAAAUGGCCACACACCAUCAGUUGGAUCCACAAACGGGACUAGAUCUACAGGACUUCAGGGGAUCUGCAGAGGAGAAAACAGUGAAACGCAUUUUAAAAUUCAUCACUGCUGAAAACAUUGUUUCCCCCGCGUCAGCAUUUAUCAACCUUGUUAUACAUAAUAGUAAUGCUUCAGAUGGGACAUCUUUCAGCGAUGCGUACGUCUCUCUUCAAAUUAGUUACGAACUUCAGGAGGCGAUUGAAACAGAUUAUGACAGAGGAUGUCCAGAGAGUAAACUUGUUUACCUGAAAGACAUUCUAAACAUAUCUAUUCUGAAAAAUUUUCAGACAUGUGGAGUAGACGCCAUCGAGGGAUACCAUGAUGUUUGUCAACAAGCAUUUUUGAGGUUGUUGGAAUUUCUGCGAGAGAAAAAAAAUCAUGAAAAGGCAAUUCAGAAACUUCUUGCCACAACUGCUCUUUUAUCAAGUGACAAUAAAGAGACCCAUAUAAUGGCGGGAUUGGCACAUCACUUGUUUUCUCAGUUGGUACUGGGCAAGAAGUACGAGGUUGAUAAAUAUGCAAAUCAGCUUCCAAAAGAAUGUGACUGUGGCUGUAAGGCCAAGAUUUGUGAGGGUGACACUUCAGUAGGAUCAUGGAGAACUUGGUAUGGCAGAGUAGACAUUGUCCUAAACCAUACAAUUGCUGUAGCAUUUUGGAAGAUAAAAACCAAUGAUGCUGAAGAGGAUAAUGUAGAUGAAGAUGAACCCCAGAGAAAGCGAAGAAACAAAGAAACUAAUGACAGUUGUGAUAUUUGUGAGGAAGUGGAAACCCUCACAGAUUUAAAAGUCUUGAAGCAAAUCUUGGCUGAAGCUGUAACAAAUGGAUUUGCUCAAGUUAACAAGGAUAAGAAUACUCUAUCACAUCUCCUUAUUCCCACUUUUGGAGCUACAGCUGAUCAUGUUUCUAUUUGUCUGUAUGACCCAGAAAGUGACUGCUUACUUCACAGCAAUGAGGAGCUUGAUUUAUGGUAUUCAAAAGAAGCAGGGAAAUUGAAUGUCAAUACUAUAAUAGUCAUUUGGCUUUUCUUAAAUUUCACAAUUUUUACCAAGAAACAAGUGGCUGCUUUAUUAGAUCUUGACAAGUCAGGAAUACAUGAUGAUUUAAAAGAACAUCUGAAAUAUUACAGAAAUGCAGUAACAAAAGCAAAUCUUGUUUCACGAACACCUUCUGGAAGGCCAUGGGAAAAUGCAAACCUACUUGUAAAAAGUAUGAAAGAUCACUUUAUUUCAACUUGCUAUAAGUUCAUGACCUAUCACACCAUUUAAUGGGACAUUUUGGUGAAUCUUGGAACUAUUUCUACUAUAUUACAGAGCCCUUCAUAAUAAAUAUUUGUUUAAUGCCCAUUAUGAAUCAAUCACACUGCUAUACAUGUAUGUUGCAUAUAAACCCACUAGUUUUCUUGGCAAUUAAAAUCAAGUUACAAGGAAAAUCUUAAUUAUUCGUUGUAGGUCGAACAAGUAUAAAUGGUUUGCUUAGUAACACUGUCACCUAUUGGAGCUGAAGACAGAAUAUUAAUUUUAUUGUUGACUCAAACUGUGGACUUCACCAAUCCAUUGUGACACAGCAUCAUACUUUUAUACACUUAAAAGUCGAUUUUUAUAUGGCUGUGCAAUUUGACGUAAAAUUAUGGUAUUGCGCCAUUCGUCUUUCCAUCUGGCAUAACCUUUUGUUUGUCCGGAGAUCUAAUACAUUUUUUAACCAAUUUCUUUGAAACUUGAUAGGCUUUAUAACCAUGGUAUAAAUAUAUAUAUCAAAAAAUAGUGAAUUACUUUUUUUUUUA